AUGGCUUCGGCGUUGUCGAUUUUUAUCGUUGCGCUCGCCCAAAUGGCUUCGGGAGCCCCCUCGCCUAAUGGAAUCGGAUCUGAUCUUUCUAUAUUGAUCAACAAUGAUCUUCGAGGUCCACAGAGCUCUUCUGCCGACUCGGGUCUUAUCCUUCUUACUCCCAGAUCGCAGGUCUCAGCAGCCAAAGCAUGUGCGGAACUAGGCGAAUCAUUGUGGACACCGGAAUCGAAGAAUACCAGCAUACAAGCAAAUCUUGAUUAUCUCACGUACCAGGGCAAAUACAGCAGCGACCAGCUUUAUUGGAUCUCCUCCUCUGCUACUGCAAAGCGAGCAAUUGACGGGAAGGGGCGCAUAAGAGAUUCUACGACUUUCAGUCCGCACUCGCAAUUGCCCGCAUUUUGCACACAAUCUGCACCAUUUUCGGAUAUAACGACCCAAGAUACAUCAUCUCGCUGGCAGGCUACUGUGCAUUCCAACAAUGAGUAUAUCACUGGGUUCCGCGAUCGGUUGAGCUUUCGUUUCCUUGGAAUUCGAUUUGCGCCGGAGCCUAAACGAUUUACACAUUCAACAACAUAUCAUGGCACAGAAAACAAUGCGUCGGCGAUGGUGUAUGGCUCUCAAUGCUACCAAGGAGGUGUUGGAUCCGAGGACUGCUUGUUUUUGAACGUGUGGACACCUUUUCUUCCUGCCCACGGAGGUGCCCCAAAGAAAGAUUUAAAGCCAGUUAUGCUAUGGAUUUAUGGUGGAGGAUAUACUAGCGGUACUGCAAAUGACCCGACGUUUGAUGGUGGAAAUCUGGCAUCGAGGGGAGAUGUUGUUAUGGUUGCAUGCAAUUAUCGCCUCGGCGCCCUGGGUUUCUUGGCUCUCGACGACGGAGUCACGAAAGGCAAUUAUGGUUUAGGGGAUGCUAUCACAGCGCUUGACUGGGUUCGAAGAAAUAUCCAAAAUUUUGGAGGCGACCCGGAUCGCAUCACUAUUUUUGGGCAAUCCGCAGGAGCAGCAAGCGUGCGUGCCAUAAUGGCAUCGCCAAAAGCAAAGGGGAAGUUUGCAGCUGCGAUUCCAAUGUCUAAUCUAGGUGGUGGUGGUUAUGGUGAAACAUAUUCUUCGUGGUUGUCGAUUGACGCUGCUGUCUCGCUUGCGACGAAGCCUCUCCUUGCUGCGACAAACUGUACAACGGCAACAUCCCAGCUAGAGUGUUUACGUGCCUUGCCCGCUUCAACGUUAUCCAAAGGAACAAUAGGGAAUCUUGUACGAUACCUCGUCGUUGAUGGCACCUAUCUAAAAACCAGCCAACUUCCGCUUAGUUCCUCCGCAAUGGGAUCUCUUGGCAACGUUCACCUACUCCAAGGACUAAUGCGUGACGAUGGCGGUGCCAUUACUAGUUAUGUUCAGACAACAAACGUGUCUCAAGCUAUAACUACCACUGGCUUCAAUACAUCAGUGGUUACAAACUCAGGACUCUUUCCUGUUCCGGACGGCGUCAACAAGACUUUAAAUGUGUUCAACGUCACAGCUCGUGUAGCCACAGACACCAUAUUUAGAUGCUCGGACGAAGCGUCUGCUUACGCCGGGGUACUGAACGAUGUCUUUGCGCCAAACCAGUACUUUUACGAGUUCAAUCGAUCCUAUCAAACCCCCAACUGGAAUCCGAAUCCCCCAGUUUGUCAGGCCCCUGUUACCGCCAGCCAUCCAUAUGGUGAUCCCGAUCAGGAGUACUUCAAGUGCCAUUCCGGGGAACUCUUCUACACAUUUGGCACCAUUCUCAGAAUGGGGUACCAACUUCGAGAUGUCAAUGACCUCUUGUUCGAGCAGUUCAUUGUUGAUACAUGGACGAGCUUCGCACGAUCAUACGAUCCCAAUCCCAGCAAUGGCUAUUUGAAAGCCCGAAGGUACGAAAACACAAUUGCAGCACUCCAGCAGUCCGGGCCCUGGACGCCUUUAACAAAAAAUAAGGCUGAUGCGCGCAAUGUGAGACUAUUACAAGAUUCCCCUAAAAUGGUUCCGUUUCGAGAUCCUGACCAAUGCGCUGCGCUGGGUUGGCCGAUUGAGCUUUAUUUGUGA